AUGUUGCCGGCGUACUAUACGCUGAACGACGAAGAAAAGGAUUACAUAUGUUCGAAAAACGACGACAAUGGAAUGCACUCGUGUUUCGACUUGCCACCCACGCGUGGUCACGAUUCACUAAUUUGCAAUGCCACGGCCACCAUGGCCCUUGCCAAUGGGUCUUGUGUUAACUGGAACUAUUACUACACGGAGUGCAAGUCACAGGGCGAGAAUCCGUUCCAGGGCACCAUAUCGUUCGACAACAUCGGCCUGGCUUGGGUGGCCAUAUUCGUUGUAAGUAUAAAAUUUGUUGUCAUGAAUGCUACAGUGGUGACAUCGUUUUAG